AAAAAAUAUCCUCAAUCUCCUCAAUUGCUUUUCUUUCCUAAAACCACUAUCCUCAUCCAAUCCACCAUAACCCUCCGCAACAAUGACAACCAAGGCCACAAACCUCACCUUCCACGCCAGCGCCUUGACGCGCAGCGAACGUAGCGAACUCCGCAACCAACGCGGUCUCACAAUCUGGCUCACCGGUCUCUCCGCCUCGGGCAAGUCUACCCUUGCCGUCGAGCUCGAGCACCAGCUCCUCCGAGACCGGGGCGUCCACGCCUACCGUCUCGACGGUGACAACGUUCGCCUCGGACUCAACAAGGACCUCGGCUUCAACGAGAAGGACCGCAAUGAGAAUAUCCGUCGGAUCGCAGAGGUCGCCAAGCUUUUCGCUGACAGCUCCGCCAUCGCCAUCACUUCGUUCAUCUCGCCCUACCGUGCAGACCGUGAUACCGCGCGCGAACUGCACCAAGUCCCCACCCCGGGCGAGGAGACCGGUUUGCCCUUUGUUGAGGUCUUCGUUGAUGUCCCUAUUGAGGUUGCCGAGCAGCGUGAUCCCAAGAAUCUCUAUAAGAGGGCUAGGGCAGGCGAGAUUCCGAAUUUCACUGGUAUCAGUGCGCCCUACGAAAAGCCUGAGAAGCCUGAGGUGCAUAUCAAGAACUAUGAUUUACCGGUUGAGGAUGCUGUGAAGCAGAUUGUGGAUUACUUGGAUGCCCAGGGGUACUUGCCUCCUAAGAAGGAGUAGAUGAUUUUUUGUUUCGUUUUCCGUUAUAUAUGGGUUUGUUCUUGUGGAUAUUUGCGGACUAGAUCUGUUAGAUCGGUGAUCUAUACAUAGAAUUUUACGCCUUUUUUGGGUCUUCGAUUGCGUUUCGUUGAGAUAGCCAAGAUAUGAUGCGAAGCAAGUAAGCAAAGUAUAUACGCUACAAAACAAGGUAUCAAGUGUACCGUACCCAG